UUUCUCAUCUAAAAUAAAAUCAUUAUUAUAGCAUCCCCAUUCAUCCUACCUCUUCGAGACCCGUGAUACCCAUUUCAUCCACCUAUUCUAGGCCCGUGACAGCCAGCCGUCGAUUGUAGGCUGCCCCAUCUGUGUGCAUCGUUGUCCGUUGUCCAUGCAGCAACUCAACUUCCAACGUUCAUCUGCUGCAAGUCAAUUAACAAGAAAAUGAGGAAAACCGUAUCCACCAGCCUCGAAUCGGAAUCGUCCCGUCCGCCUUUAUUAUCGCAUACUUCACGAUCGAGUUCCACACGUCAUCGUACACAUAAGCCAAGAUUAAGAAGUGCCACCAUCAGUAUGAUGAGCCCCAGUCGGGUCCAAAUGGAGAAUGAAAAAGGGGCAUUAUCAGAGCGCACCAUUCCUCUUCAACCUUUGCCGGAUGAAGCUAUUGAAUGCUCUGACAGGACUGGCCCUGAAACGCGUGAUUCGUCGGUCGAAAAUUUCGGCCAUCAUUCCGACACCCCAUCGUGUGAUGAAUUUGUUUUGCCAGAAAUGGAUAAUUCGUAUUCUAUUUGGUCGCUUCCCGACAGCAGCAGUGAUGAAGAACGCAGUCAAAGACGACAACAGCAAAUUUUGGACGCGCAAGCUCGGAUCGAUGAUCUUUUACGACGACGCGACCAGAGAGUCGCGCAUACCCUAAAUGACCCUGUUGUAGAUGCCGUAACAGAGAAAAUGCGUCAAGUGUUUGACGACGUCUUGGAUGAUCAUGUUGAUAUGACUGGAGAAGAUCUCGUGCACUGGAUCCGAGAUCGAUACGAUGCACAAGUGAUGCGUAUUCGACGUUUAGAACGGGCAUUACUUGAAAAAGAGGCUCAAAUUCGGGAAUUGCAAUUCUCAAAAGCAACGGCCGACUUGGCCGUGGUUAAGGAGGAGAAGCAUACCCCAACGAUUUUGGACUUGAUGCAUCAGUAUCCGCGGACAAUGGAAGCGUUCCGCCAACAUAUUGAGCGGCAAUCGGUAGCGGCUGACCAUGAAAAAUGUCGAAAGCAGCUCAUGGACCAGAAGCAGGCGAUGCUCCAAGAACAGCAGCGGAAAUUUGAAGCCCUGAGAUCAAAGUAUCGUGCUGGAUUCCAAGAGAUUGUGGAUCGACUACUCAACGAUCCCUCCCGACUGGAAAAGGAAGUACUGCACAGAUUGAGACAGGAAACCGCUCAUCAACUAGAACAGAAUACCCGAUAUUGGAAGCAACAAUGCGAUAAAUUACAGCAAGCGAUGCAUCAGCACACCGUAAGCGAAUAAACCAAUGUAGAAUCAAAGAUACUUUUUCCUUUCGUACUCUUUUAUCCUCAGACCUCUUUAUAUAAAAUAAACAUUUUUCAUGCAACCAUCAGGUCGCCGUGUAUCAUGGCUAGUGAUAGUAACACAUAACCCUCAUUCAAUAAAAGAUGUUUUUGU